CAAUUGUUGAUGACCAAUUUGAGUUUGAUUUAUUUACAUAUUUAUCACUAACUAUUCAUUUACUCACUUAAUGGAUUUCACACUUUAGAAGAACAAAUUCGUGCUCGUGCUGGAGGGUGUCGCAGUGGCAGAGAGUCGGUGUCGUUUAGCAAGCAAAGCGUCGUUGAAGAAUGAAGAUGAAACCAAUUAAAACCAAAAUAAGCUUUGAAGAUGUCGGUCGUUUAAAGAAAGCAAGUCGUAAACGACAUUCCUCUCUUCCUCACACUUGAGAAAUGAACUCAAAAUUGAAAAUUUAGUAACCGAAAAUAAAAAACAUCUGCUCACUGCCAUCACAAUUUCAAUUAGUUUUCAAAUUUUGAUACACUCUUCAAUUCUCUCUCUCUCUCUCUCUCUCUCUCUCUCUCUCUCUCUUAACAUGUCGCUCGCAUCAUUCUCCACCAUCCGCCACCACCGUUUACUGGCAUCCGCCGCACCUAACCUUCUCCGGCGUUUUCGUUCCUUCCCAAUCGCCGCCAGACAACAAAACCCUAAACAAGAAGCCCCAAGCAAAAACCUCCUAAAAGCCAAACACACAUUAAAACACUUCUCAUCUCUCUCUCCAGUCCUCUCCCGUGAAGACAACCCUCCACUCUCCGAAUCCCAAGCCGUCGGCGUCGUCGCUUCUUCCCAAGCCAAUUUCAUGCGUGUAAUCGUCCAAUCACAGCCUUCUGGAACCUUCCACGACACUUCCGGAGGAAUCGAACUGUUGUGCGUUGUUAGGGCGCUGCUGAAGAAGAUAAAGCGAAGGGUUAUGGUUGGAGAUAAGGUUCUAGUAGGUUCUGUUGAUUGGAUUGAUCGUAGAGGCAUGAUUGAAAACGUGUUUCAGCGAAAUUCUGAAAUGCUUGAUCCUCCUGUGGCUAACGUGGAUCAGUUACUUGUACUUUUUUCGCUUGAUCAGCCCAAGCUAGAGCCUUUUACGCUUACACGCUUUUUGGUUGAAGCCGAGUCCACUGGAAUUCCUCUCACUCUAGCGCUUAAUAAGACUGAGCUUGUUGAUAAAGAGACCAUGAAUUCCUGGAAAGCUAGGCUACAUGAUUGGGGCUACCAGCCAAUCUUUUGCAGUGUGGAAUCUGGACAUAACCUUGAUCUUCUUGCGUUCAAAUUGCGAGAUCAAACAACAGUGAUUGCGGGUCCUAGUGGAACUGGGAAGUCUAGUUUGAUCAAUGCCCUUAGAAGCAAUCCCCGUGCUUGUGAUACUUUAGAUGGGGAGAAUUGGUUUGAACCUAUUUUAGGUAGCAAGUGGUUUGCAGACCAGCGAGUUGGAGAGGUUUCAACAAGAAGUGGUAGAGGGAAGCAUACUACUCGUCACGUCUCUCUCCUUCCAAUAUCUGGAGGGGGUUAUCUUGCUGAUACUCCUGGAUUUAACCAGCCUAGUUUAUUGAAAGUGACAAAGCAGUCUCUCGCACAAACUUUUCCUGAAAUCAGGAAAAUACUUGGUGGAAAUGAGCCUACAAAAUGUUCAUUUAACAAUUGCUUGCAUCUUGGUGAACCUGGCUGCAUUGUGAAGGGGGAUUGGGAAAGAUAUUCCUUCUAUUUUCAACUUCUUGAUGAAAUUAGAAUCAGAGAGGAGUUCCAGUUGAGGACAUUUGGAACUAAAAGAGAAGGGGAUGUAAGGUUAAAAAUAGGAGAUAUGGGUUCUCAGCAAGCAGAACCACGUUUGGAACUUAAGAAGCAUAGAAGACAAUCUCGGAAGAAGACUAACCAAUCAAUUUUAGAUGGCCUGGAUGAUGACGACAAUUUGCUUGACGAGGAGAGCGAUCCCCUUUUAAAUGCUUUGAAGAAUGAAAACCCUUAAAAAUUUCGUUAAUCUCCAUAAUACUCAUCGUAAAUAGUUCCAUUCGGCUUGUAUCUCUAGGUCAACUGAGUUUCCAUUUGUUCGAUUCCGAGUCUUCUGUCACUUUGGUUCAAUCUUGUACAGAGUCUGUAAAUGACAUUAACUGAUACACUGUUCUGGAUUAUGAUGAUCCUCGCUGAUUGUCUAUAAAUGAAUUACAAGAACAUCCACACUCCUGUUGUCAUUCGACCAUUUUAGAUUAGAACAGUUAGCUCUGAAGAGAUGAUUUGACUUGAAGGACUUGGAAAGGAGAUUUUCAGCCUGAGCUAAAAGGUGGAUGGUCAAACAAACAUAGCAAAAACACCGUAUAUUCAAGGCUUUGACAAUUCCAGACACUGGUCUUAACAAAUAAAACCCUUUGAGAUGCUUGCAAAUUGAUGCACAUAGGUUUAUUAAGGCCAAACUACAGAUCAUACAAAUCUUGUAGGUUCAGAGUUAAUAGAAACUCGCAUCUGGGUUCCUACUGUAUGUUUGAUAUUGCGCAAGCUCAGUACUUAGAUUUUUAUAUUUA